CACACCUGACCAUCUCCUGAUCACACUAGUGUGCUGCGGCCCACUAGUUGGGAAACACUGGACUACAACAUGGAAUAGUUGCUCCUUGCCAGCCAUUCACACGCAUGUCAGCUGUAGUGGUACCAGUUUGAGCAUUUGAGACUGCGCCAACAGAACAAAUGACACAAAAGGACAGGGAGAGUGACAGAGCGAGCAAGGCAAAUUGCCCAAAUUGGAAAAGGACAAGGCCGCACGUUGAUUAGACUGUGAAAGUGGCCAAGAAGACGGAGGCAGACGCACGAGACAAGAGUCUGCCGGAAAUAGGAUAAGAUGCUCGUCUACAGACAGACAGAUUAAGAGGUGUGCCAAAAAUUCCAGCUACUAGCCAUGACUCUCUGCUUGCCGCUAAGAGGAUGGACUGCAGUUCAGCCACGUCAUACUCUCAAACAUCCUUAACCUUCAUCCAACCUCUUUGGCUCAGACUCCAAACUCAAGUCAUUGGCUCAAACCCAACAAAAGACAACACUCAUCUGCAUGCCGCCCUCUUCGACAAUUACUUUGUAACUUCUUGACAGAGUGGUAGCGCAACCCUCCAAAGGCAACCGAACCUUCACAGUGUUGUAGCUCAUCUCGCGGCGCCAGAAGAAUUGCGAUUUGCUUUCACAUGCGUAGGCAGCUGAUGACGAAAGAUGGCAGCCAGUCUGGUUGGAGAUGCGCCUUCCCUUGCCUCACUUGCAUUGAGUCUCGCUGGUUGAGUUUGCCCUGUUGGCCAUCGCAUUGGCGGCAGCUGUCAGAGUGCUGGAAGGAGCACUAUGCAGGAAACUGAUUCACCGGACACAAACUCAUUCAAAGAGUGCAAGUUUCACUGCACCAAUGGGAAUUGUUUGCGUCUGGGCUCACUGAUCUGCAAUCAGCUCAAUAAUUGUGGGGACAACAGCGAUGAGGAAAACUGUCCUGUGGUCACCCAACAUCCUCCACCAGGCAUCUUCAACUCUGAACUGGAGUUUGUUCAGAUCAUCAUCAUCAUUGUGGUGAUGACAGUCAUGGUCGUGGUGAUCAUCUGCCUACUCAACCAUUACAAGCUCUCCACCUUCAUAACAAGACAGAGCCAGGCUCGUAGGCACAACCAUUCUUUGCAUCAGGAUGGGUGUCUGUGGCCUUCAGAUAGCAACUCGCGACAAGGAGCCUCAGAGGUGUUCUAUGCUCCCCAGGCCAGGGAUCGCUUUACGGCUCCCGCCUUCAUGCACAGAGACCGCUUUAGCCGCUUCCAGCCCACUUAUCCGUACCUGCAACACCAGAUCGACCUGCCGCCUACCAUCUCGCUGUCAGAUGGUGAGGAGCCGCCGCCGUACCAGGGGCCCUGCACCUUGCAGCUCCGGGACCCCGAGCAGCAAAUGGAGCUCAAUCGAGAAUCGGUGAGGGCGCCACCUAACCGGACCAUCUACGACAGCGACUUGAUCGACAUGGGGGGUGGUGUGGGGAGCGGGGGAGGCGCGAGCGGUCCCAGGCCACCGAGCAAUAACUCGGGCAUCAGCCUGGCCAACUCCAGCAUCCACGGGCGUGUGGAAGCCCCCCCGCCCGCAUACAGCGAAGUUAUCGGCCAAUACCCCGUCUCCACGUUUUUUCUUCACCAGCAAAGCAAUAACCACAGGGUGGGGGAGUCAGAAGGGCCAGGAAGCAGGAUGAUCCAGCAGCAGAGUCAAUCAGAAAGCACAAUAGUCCCUUCCGAAGGGAAGGACGGCCAACCGGACGACUUGGUGUGAGGGGAAAAACGUGAGCUGGACGACCCAAAGACCCUUACGUCUCUGUCCACACUCCCAUGCACAAAAACGUCAAGUUCAGCUACUGCAAAUCAAUGAAAGCUAGGACGGAAGUUUUUAUUUUGUUUCUUGUUUUUAGCGAGUGGUCAGCAAUCACUGCUGAGGCAGGAUGAUGCUGUGAGUGGAGUCUUUGUUUUCAGCAGAAGAGACACCGGUUGAAACUUUAUUUUUUUUAAUCCUCCCUGAUCCCCUUUGCGGCCAUCUCAUCCUGAGAAAGCAGGAUGAAGGGUAUUUUUUUUCCUCCCUCCUUUUUGGACUAGGAUCUGUGCACAAAGCCAGAACUGCGAAUCAAAGGACCUAAACAAAACAAAUAACUCACACACUCUCAAAUCUUAGUGCCAAGGUUCACGAGGAAGCAAAACAUGGGAAGAGGAGGAAGAAAAAAAACGGACUCUGAAACCUAGAAGUUACAGUAUCUAAAAGUUGCACUAUCUCUUUGUUGUUAAUGUAAAGAGGGAAAUUAUAUGUUUAAUUUAGUAUUCUGUCUCACAAAUGGACCGAGUGACUGACCUUCAGCUCCAAAGGUGUUUGGGAGCAAAAUUCAAGUGUUAUAAGCUUCUAUCCUUACUCUUUUGAAACAUCAAGUACUCGUACCCAGCCUACAGCUUUCUGGGUCUGCUUUCACCACAGAGGCUGUAUUCCAAGAACACUACAACGCUUAAUAUCUCUGUACUACACUCAGCCAGUUCGUGGAAAACACGUGAAUUCUGACCGGCAUCUGGGUGGACAAACCAUCCAAAAUCUCCUUUAUACAGCACUCCUUAACCCUUCAUAUGGCAAGUGACUAUUUUUUUUGGUAAUUCAGAAUAAAAAAUCAAAAAAACUUAAUAAAGCUGCCUAGCGCUGUCAAGCGAAACAUGAGCAUUGCAUGAACAGCCAGUCCUCUGAAUUGGAUGUCUAUCGUUGUCAAUUGCAGGCAAUGAGUUAAAUCUUAUGAUAUUGAAAAUAAUAAUCAAAUUUAGAGUGUUAUUGGGACCAUAAUCUAAGUGCAUUUCUGCUUUAAUACAUUUGUUUUUAUUAACAUGUUAUCAAUGAAUAAUAUAUGAAUAAUAUUUCAAUUGUAAUUGUAAACUAGCGUCUUAAGUGGACAUCACAUUUUGGGUCAUGUAGGUCACAUAUUGUGAUGUCCACAUAAUCAAUAAUCAAUGAUAAUUACCGUAUUUUCCGCACUAUAAGGCGCAUCAGAGUAUAAGGAACACCUCCAAUGGAUUGCCUAAUUUAAAACUGUUUUCAUACAUGCGGCGCACCCAAUUAUAAAGCGCAGUCGUAGUAGAAGAAGUUAUUGGGGUUGCAUUAUGUAUCCACUAGAUGGAGCUGCGGUAAAAGGAAUGUCAUACAAGACAUUGACUUCAUAAUGUAUUGACGGGGCGCGGGGCCGAUAAAUAUGGGACCUGCAUUGUUGGCAAGGGCGUCAAAGCUGACCGAGUGGAAUCGCAUACAAAGACCUUUUUUCAUUGAAAAUUCUUGUGAAUAAAUGCUUAAAUCCCUGACUUCUUUAUAGAAAUGGACGUAAAACCGUCUCAAUUCUUGGUUAAUAGCAAAAGAAAAAACGUGCAGUUAACAUUUAUUUUACGUAAAUAUGUCGAAGUACAAUGCUAGUCUGUUAGCGAAUGUAGCUAGUGGCUGCCUUAUGUAGACAGAGCUUUUCCGGUAAAAAGUUUUGUGAAUAAAUGUUUAGAUCCCCAAAUUCUUUAUAGAUAUGGACGUAAAACAAUCUCGAUUCUUGGUUAAAAGCAAAAAAAAAAAAAAAAACAUGCAGUUAGCAUUUAUGUUACGUAAAUAAUGCGAACUAUGAUGCUAAUGCAGUAGCGGCUAAUUUCUCCCAUUGAUCUUUUUUUUUUCACAACAUUUCAAAAUGCCUUCAUGGUACAAAAAAAUAUAAUAAUUACCUUGAAUCCUCAAACAAAUCACUCCUGAGACAAUCUUUCCUGUUUGUAUGCGGUAAAGCUUUCGUACUUUUUCAACAGAAAUCUGGCGUUAGAUCGCUGCAUGCGUGUGUUUGCAAAUAGCUCCUCUUGAUAUGGGCGGCCCCCUAGUUGAAUGCGAGGCACGGGGCAUGACCGAUCUGAGCGGUCCAUACAUUAUGAAGUCUAUGUACUAUGAUUAACCAAUAUCGGUCCAUAUACUGUAUAAGACGUAUCGGAAUAUGAGGCGUACUUUCGGUUUUAGAGAAAAUUACGUCUCUUAAGUGCGCCUUAUAGUGUGAAAAACAAGGUAUGUAUGUUUUGUGUUAUUGAUCAUUAUUGUAUUUUUUUUAUUAUCUUUUAUCCAUUUGGUAUUAGAAAUUUAAAUAUUGAUAAAAUGUUCAUUAAAAAUAAAUCAAAAAAUGAAAUACAUUCUUCUUAUAGCCCCCAAUAACAUUCUAAAGUGUAUUUUUGCCUGCCAUUGACAACGAAAGACCUAUAAUUUAUUUAAGGGUGUAUUCCCACCAGGAAAGUCCAUCGUUCUCUUUCUUUUGUCCGCACCAAAACAGAUUUUGUUCUGGACUUUUUUGAUGAAGUUCCUUCUCACAUUGCAAUUUGAGCAAGUGACCCAAGAUUUGACAACAAACCUACGCAUGUCCAAAAAUCGUUCAAUCAUUGGACAAAACAGUCUGGGUGGGGUAACACGCUAAAAUAAGGGCGUAAACAAUCGAAGAGCUCCUUUGUCAACCAAACAAUAUUUCCUGGCUACGGAAGCCAGUUAUACCAGCUAUAGUCCGGACCAUAGUGCGGUUGCUUUCACAGCUAUAGCGAACCACACCACCGUCUGCUUUGAAGCGAACUGAGACCACCUGUCCGGUGAGGUCUCGGCCCAACCGUUUGGUCCACACCAGAGUUCGCUGGUUUGUAUUCACACCAAGUGCGCACUAAGGGAGUUCCAAAAAAUCGAUUCUUAGAUGCAUCGCAAUUCGACACGUGACAAUUCGAUUACGAUUCAUAAAUGUUAAAAAACGGUGAUUUUCCCUAAUAACUUUAUGACAGCCGCUCGUAGCGGAACGAAAUUUAACACACGUCUGCCGCCCAGACACCUUUAACGGACGCACGCACAACGUUAUGAUGGAUGCUGCCGGUUACUGAGCGAGAGAUUUACUCCUCUUAAAAAGACUGGAAAAUAAAUUUGUGAAUGAGACAUGCUGGGACCCGGCAGUCGCGCAAGUUAUUUUUAGAGCAAAAGGGGAAGAGAGAUAGUUCGUUGCUCUUGUCUUUCAAUUGUCCAGCAGUAGUUUCAAGUCAUGUCGAUUGAAAAAUGUCCUGAGUGUGUUGCUAAGACCCGUGUGCGUCUAUAAGAGGUGAGUGCAGGAACCCUCUUGGACUGUUUAGCCUUUAUUGUUGUUGUUUUUUUUAGAUGUUAACUGUUAGUGCCGAGCGCUAAGCUAAUUAGCUAAUUCGCUAACGUGUAUUUCAUAUGCGAAACGUGUAAAACCAUGAUUAAGUACAGCGGUAACACUUACAAACAUGCGAAAUAGUACAUAAAUCUGUGAAAACAAAGUUUAUUGGUUAAAAGAAGUCUCAUUUCUAAUGACACUUUGAUUCCAGAAAAGGUGGAAUUCAAUCCUCCUGUGUAAAUUUUAUUGUAUUAUUGAGAGAAUUCAAUCCACAUGUGUAAAUUUUAUUGUAUUAUUGAGAGAUAUAAGUACAACAUUUAAAAUGGUUGUUUUUGCACUUUCUUGUAAAAAAAAAAAAAAAAAAAAGUUUAAGGACAGCAUUUUGUUGUAUGGGCAUGUUUCCAUCGUUCCUGUUGAUGCAUAGAUAAUCGUGAUAACCGUGAUCGUCGUCAAUACUGUGAUCGUCGUCCAAUAAUCGAAUCGUAGCACCCUGAAUCGAAAUCGAAUCGAAACGUGGGUUACCUGAGAUGGCACACCCCUAGUGCGCACCAUGAACUUUUUUGGUUUGGUCCAGACAGGACAUGUGUGAAUACACCCUAAAAUGGAAAGAUUGCCUGCUCAUGUUUCAAUGCCAUUGACGGCUUGAGACGUCUAAUCCAUUUUGACCAAUCUAAUCCAUUCGCUGCCAGCCUCUCCCAUUCAAAAUGGUUUGGAUGUCUCACGCCGUCAAUAAGCACCGUGUAUAGGGUUCAAUUCUGGACGGUUAGCAUUAGGAUGAAAAAGAACCUAUAUUAACGUUGAUAGAAGUGACCUUUUUCUGAAUCUGUCCACCCAGCUGUCAACUCGCCUACCCUCUGUUUGCCUGCUCAAUUUCCCACCCUCUGAAUGGAUUCUGAUGGAGAAGAAAAGCUCUACUCUCCAUCAUAUGUCUACUACCACUCAAACCAAGACAAUACAUAGCGCAAAUUCCUGUGGACGCCAAGAUUUAGUGCAAACAGUCUGUGGUCCAAGGGCUAACGGGAGGCCUCCUUUUCGGGAGAAGGAGAACAAACUUUUGGAAAAUCUAGCCUUUUUCUCUGCUCAUUGUUGCCUUCUCCUCUACUCUUGUGCUUUUUCUGUUUGUUUUCCUGUUCAUUGCAAACCAGUGUCCCCUCCCUACCCCUUCCUUUCCUACACCGCCUUUCUAUUUUUUUUUCCCUCCUCUGGCUAACACUCAUCUUCCUUCGAUCCACGUGUAGGAAAAAAAAAAAUGCUGAGUCCGCCAAAAGCCCCUUUAAAGUGGAGACUGGAUCUGCUUGAGCGCCAUUGUCCAGUCGGCUGAUUCCUUCUAGCUGUGUUGUGUGCGCGCGCGUUUGAGUGUUUGUUGGUGAGACCUUUUAACAACACAGAAAAGCACUUAAUGUGUCUGCUGAAGCAAGGUGUGUGUGUAUGUGUGUUUUUGACUGUUUUGUCUGAGUUUCUGCAUUCAAGGACAUUUGGCCCUUGUCCACAUUAGCGCAGAAUUAAUGAAGCCUUCAUUAGAAUUCAGUGUGUCUCUUUCCAAAGCCAGAGGUGCGUGAUAGGAGUGAAUAUAGUUAAAUUUAAAAAAUGAGUAAAAGAGCGAGAAAGGGAAGAAAUGCAUGCCGUAGGCCAGACGAUAGGUUCCACUUGUCAUCAGUGAAGUAGAGUACUGCUUUCUUUUGCUUCAUUUAUGUAUUUUUCUGACACAUUAAAUGUUGUGAAGCAGGAAUUUUCAAGAUGUGAGCACCCAGCAAAAGGAAAACAAGUCGAGGCAUGCGGAAUCCAUUACAGACAGUGUUAUUGUUGUGAGGUAGCCAUUCUACUGUAAUUUCAUUUUAGGAUAUUCACACUAGUCUCAAUACUUUCUUUGCCCUAAGGGGCAGGUUUUUGUAAGUCCAAAGAAUGCAACUGGACUAUCCAAAACAUAAGAUCCUCCGACACUUUGUAAACAGAGCAUAGGGUUCUAAAAGACAAACCUCAAUUACAGUGGUUGGUAGGUUGUAUAAAAUGGGGAUUUUCAACCUAUAUUCAGUCUUCAAACUGAGGGAUGUUUUUUUUUUUUUUUUGACAAUACAACCCCUAGCAAGAAGUGUGGACUCACCAGUCUCGGUAGAGCACUCACUCAGACAUUUUAUCAUGUAGAACAAACUCAGUUAAAAAGCUUGGAAGAAAUAAUGAAUUAGUUCAAAAGUGCAACUCUUUAGCAUUCAGAAACACUAAAAGAAAUUAUUAAAAAACAUUUUAGUGUUACUUACAAAUGUUACUUUUAUAGAGCAAGUGCGGGGAAAUAUAUAGUAUAUGGAAUCACUCCAUUCUGAGGAGAAAAAUAUGGAAUCAUGAGAAACAAAGAAAUAACAAAACGCAUCUCUAGUAUUUAGUAGCACCACCUCUGGCUUUUAUGACAGUCUCUGAGGUAUGGACUUGAUGAGUAUUCAUCAAUUUGUUGCCAACUCUCUUUGAUUGCAGUUGCCAGAUCAUCCUUGCAGGUCGGAGCCUUGCUGUGUAAACUUGUGCAUUUUUGUAAAUCUCACUGGAACAGCAGCAAACAAAGUUCCAGCAUCAUCACGUUGUCCAAUGCAGAUUCUUGACUCUUGACAAGGUGAUGAUGCUGGAACUUCGGUUUGGUGCCGUUCCAGUGAAAUUUACAAAGAUGACUGCCUGAAGAAACAUCAAAAUUCCCUCAGUCCUUGAUGAUAUGGGGCUGCAUGUCAGGCAAAGACACUGGGGAGAUGGCUGCAGUUGAGUCUUCUAUAAAUGCACAAAUUUACAUCGAAAUUAUAGAUAUCUUUCUUAUCCCUUCAAUUGAAAAUAUGUUUGUCAUUUUCCAAGAUGACAAUGCAUCACGCCACAGAGCUAAAACUGUUAAAGCAUUCCUUGGAGAAAGACUCAUCCAGUCAAUGUCAUGGCCUGCAAAUAGCCCAGAUCUCAACCCUAUUGAAAACCUGUGGUGGAAUUUUUUUUAAAAAAUGGUCCGCAGCAAAGCUCCGACCUGCAAGGAUGAUCUGGCAACUCCAAUCAAAGAGAGUUGGCACCAAAUUGAUAAAGAAUACUCAUCAAGUCUAUGCCACAGAGACUGCAAGCUGUCAUAAAAGCCAGAUGUGGUGCUACUAAAUACUAGAGAUAUGUUUUGAUUGUUAUUUCUUUGUUUGUUUCUCAUAAUUCCAUAUUUUUUUCCUCAGAAUGAAGUGAUUCCAUAUAUAUAUUCCUGCACUUGCUCUAUAAAAGUAACAUUUACUGAACACAGCAAUGUUUUUUAUUCAUUUAUUUUAGUCUUUCUGAGUGCUAAAGAGUUGCACUUUUGAACUAAUUCAACAUUUUUUCAAGCUUUUUAUCUGAGUUUAUUCUACGUGAUAAAAUGUCUGAGUGGGUGCUCGUCCGAGACUCGUGAUUCCAUACUUUUUGCUAAGGGUUGUAUGUGUUCACAAGCAAGGAUUAAGUGCAGUUCACAAUUUUGUGAACAACUGCGAGCACAAAAUGUCCAAUGGAAUUGGUUCAAAAUUCUGCUGAUUGUGGUACAUUUUUGUUUCUACUCAUAAAAUACAUAUUUAAAGGCAUCAUCAGCCUGCCGGACGGCCUUAAUGAACUGAGCGUUCAAGUUAUGCUAAAGUGCUAGAUGCUUACACGUGGCAUUAGUUUGGAGGAAGGCCUUCACAUUGUGUUUGUCAAGAGUGAAUGUGCGUGUACGUAUUACAUUGCUGCUGCUAAUUUUAUUGCUACUGCUGCUUCUCAAGCCGCCCGUUCCCACUUUUUUGCCCCCUUUGUUCCAUCAAAAACAACAGAGCAGUCAAAAGUUUCCAUACUGGGACCAAAAUUGGAGAGGAAGGAAAUAGCAUGUAGCAUUUUCUUCAUUGGUGGCAGAAUUAUCCCAAAACCUUUGACUGGGCAUCAAAGUCGAUUUGUUUUUCCUUCCUUAUUCCGUCUGUCCACUCAGUCAUGGCUUGGAAAGGGAGGAUACAAAGAUUAACUUUGUUUUGUACAAGGAGGUUUGCAUGUUACAAUUAUGUGAGUCAAAAAAAGGUGCCUAAUGUUCAUGUUUGAGCAGACCACAUCCGUUCAACUGCUGUUUCGGGAAUCUUAACAGUUGCUUUAUUGAGGGAGGCUUCAACUGUCUAAAAGUGAGCGCAGCCACAAAUUAUGCUAAUAUUAGGGAAUAGAAUACAUGCUGAUUCUCAUCUAAACGUGGCUUCAGUGGACAUCAGAAUUAGAAUUUCAGCCCAAACUUGAUUGUUAACUGUCCACCAUUGCUCAUUAUAGAAGUUUAGUCCCUCCCCACUAAAGCAAAUGGAAGCAUUUCAAGCAGUGAGCUGACAAGCUCGUGUGUCUGUAUGCGUGCGUGCGUGCGUGUGCGGAGCAGACAUAGGAACCCACUUGCACUCAAAAAAGCUCCCACCUUCGUUGUGCCUCACUUCCGACGGUGCUUUUUCAGUAGUCUGUCUUUUGUUUGUAAGGUGCUGUAUAUAACUUGAAUAUAUAUUAUGCACAUAUCCUACCCAAUGGGUAGACCACCACAAAAAUGUUGUAAAUAAUGUAAAAUAAUGCAUAGUAAAUAUAAAACUUAAGGCAGCAUCAAAUUUGUAAAGGCCUACAACUAAAAAAAGUGCUUUUUCUGUUUUUUUCAGUUUUUUUAUUGAAAGUAUGCUUUGAAUAUGUUACAGCGCAAAAAUUGCUCCCUUUCGAUAUUUUCUUAGUGUAACGAUGAGAUGGAGGAAGAUUUAACCCUUGUUGCCGUUAUUUGGUUACUGGCAGGCAGUUUUGCAAAAACCACUUGUUGCCGUUAUUUGGUUACUGGCAGGCAGUUUUGCAAAAGCCACGAACGACUAACAAAUGUGUAGUCGACCAUGCAUCUUUCAAGCAAGCAUUUAUGGCAUCAUACACAUGCUUUGUUGUGUAUGGCCACUUAAGACCUGGCAACUUGCAUUGUUUAACGUUAAUCAAAAGUAAAUAAAAUAUGUCCACAAGUCUGACGUCCUCCAAUCUUUUAAUAUGCUUUAGUCAAUCUUAAGGAUGGGCAUAAUCAUUUGUUAACUGAUUACAAUUAAGGCAAAGUGAAGUGCAAUACUACAAAUUUGCUAAUGAAUAGAUUGUUCUGCACAAUUCGGCACUCAUUGACCUUUCGCUAAAGUUCCGCCUCCUUAUUUAAGGUUGCUAAGCCAUAGACUUCAUAAUGUAUUGACGGGAAACGGGGCACGGCUUAACAAUGCUUAAAUCCCUGAAUUCUUUACAGAUAUGGAUGUGAAACGGUCUCGGUUCGUGGUUAAAAGCAAAAAAAUCGUGACGUUAGCAUUUAUUUUACGUAAAUAUGUUGAAGUACAAUACUAGUCUGUUACCCAAUCAGGCGGACGCCAUAUGUAAACAGCUUUUCCUGUGAAAAUUCUUGUGUAUAAAUACUUAAAUCCCUGAAUUCUUGAUAGAUAUAGACGUAAAACUGUCUCGAUUCUUGGUUAAAAGCAACAACAACAAAAAAUCCUGCAGUUAGCAUUUAUUUUAUGUAGCUAUGUCGAAGAAUGAUGCUAGUCUCUUAGCUCUGUUGUGAUAAGGGGGCUGCCACAAUGGCUUUUUCUGUUGAAAAUGAUUGUGAAUAAAUGCUUAAAUCCCUGAAUUCUUUGUAGAUAUGGACGUAAAACAGUCACGAUUCUUGGUUAAAAGCAAAAAAAAAACCAUGCAAGUAGCAUUCAUUUUACGUAAAUAUUGCAAACUUUAAGGCUAGUCUGUAAGGAAAUUAGCAGCCGCCAUAUGUAAACAGAUCUUUUCCAUUGAAAAUUAUUGUGAAUAAAUGCUUAAAUCCCUAAAUUCUCUAUAGAUAUUGACGUAAAACAGUCUCGGUUCUUGGUUAAAAGCAACAAAAACGGGCAGUGUUCAUUUAUUUUAUGUAACUAUGUCGAAGAAUGAUGCUAUUUUUUUAGCUCUUUUAUUUGAUAAGGGGGCUGCCACAAUGGAUUUUUCCGUUGAAAAUUCUUGUGAAUAAAUGCUCAAAUCCCUGAAUUCUCUAUAGAUAUGAACGUAGUCUCAGUCUCAGUUCUUGGUUAAAAGCAAAAAAAAAAAAAAAACAUGCAGGUAGCAUUUAUUUUAAGUCAAUACUGCAAACUAUGAUGCCAAAGCAAUAGCGGCUAAUUUCUCCCAUUGAUUUUUUUUUCACGUUUCAAAAUGCGUGCAUGGCACAAAAAAUAUAGUAGUUACCUUGAAUCCUCGAAUAAAUCAUUCCCGAGACAAUCCUUCCUGUUUGUAUGUGGUACAGCUUUCGUAUUUUUUUUAAUAGAAAUCCGGCGUUAGAUCGCUGCGUGCGUGUUUGUGAAUAGCUCCUCUUGAUGUGGGUGGCCCCCUACUUGAAUGUGAGGCGCAGUGCAUGACCGAUCUGAGCCGUCAAUACAUUAUGAAGUCUGGUACACUGUUCUAGACGGUUGCAAUGUGUUGAUCUUUUCCGGAGCUUCCGUAAAGUUGUUUGGCACUUGGGAGUCUGGUAACGACGCUUACAGUAACCAUCAAAAUAAUCAAUGCAGGAAUGCUUAGUUUGUCGGAUCAUGCUCACUUAACAAUGGUUGCUAGGAUGUACGCCAUUUACGAAAGGUCAAUUGUUCAAAUUUCGAAACGAUCAAGGAAAUGUAAUCAAAUGCCCAUCCUUAGUUUCUUUUACUUGAAGGUUUUUUUUUUUUUUUUUUAUCAGCCAAAGUAUAAA